GCCAGCAGCGCGUCCCCAGCGCCGUGCCCGUCCCCACCAUGCUGCGGCUGCUGCUGCUCUGCGGGGCCCUGCGCUGCGGGGCGGAGCAGGCGGCCCCGCUCGCUUUCACCAUGCUCCAGCUGACCCGAGUCUACAUGGGCAAUUCCAUGUUCCGGGGGAACGCCAGCCUGAAUGGGCAGCUCAGCCAUCUCCUGGAAGAGAAUAAUGUCACCCAGGUGCUCCCGCUGGAGCCUCCGGACGCCUGGGCCCGGCGGCAGGACAUGGUGAUCGCCUACCUGAAGAACUUCAGGCAGCUGGUGCAGCUCUUCAACAUGGAGAGACCCACCAAAUUCACCCAGCACCUGCGCUGCCUCCUCGGCUGCCGCCUCUACCCCAACGGCACAGCCCAGAGCUUCUACGAGGUGUCCCUCAACAGGACGGCGUUCCUCAGCUUCCACGUCCCCAACGCCACCUGGGAGCGGCGCUGGCCCGGCGAGCUCCCGGUGGCCACCUUCGCCCAGGAACAGCUGAUGAAAUACCCCAUAACCACCCAGGACCUGCAGUAUUUCCUCAACACCACCUGUGUCAGCAUCCUGCAGGCUCAGAGCACCAGGGCAGGAAAAGUCAGCGGCCGAUCGCGCACUCCGCUGGUCCUGGGGCUGGUCCUGGGAAGCCUCGCCCUGCUGGGCACGGCCCUGGGCAUCUUCCUGUGCACGGGAGGGAGCUGCUAGUGUGGGCAGCUGUCCCAUGUCACCCCGUGGACUCAGGGGACUGACCCAUCAUCUUUCCGUGCAUCCAUCACCACCCUCUGGAGGCAAGGGACAGAACCAUCAUCUCCCUGUGGAGUCAAGGGAUGGAUCCAUCGUCUUCCCAAGGAUCCAGCAACUCUCCAUGGAUCCAUCAUCACCCUGGGGAGGCAGGGGCUGGAUCCAUCGUCCCUGCAUAGAGACAGAGGAUGGAUCCGUCAUCCCCCCGUGGAGGCGGGGACCGAGCCCAUCCCUCACAAGGGGUGCGUGUCCCCAGUGCCACAGCCUUUGCUCCCCGAGGACACCGGUGGCUUCCCAGUCCUGUCCUAGCUGGACUGACCCCCCCAGCAGCCCCCAGCCCUGUGGAUGGUCUUCACACUGGGCAAUGCACUGAGAAUCCACACAGAAACACAGGGCAUAAUGGAGGGGAGGGGCAUGGGGGGAAAGCAGGAGGAGAAACAGCCAUGGAAUUGUUAAAAGGAUGGUGUUAAACCCUCAUUUAUCCUUGUUCCAGUGGGGAUGGAGGGAGGAUGUCACAGCUGUAAUAAAACCACCCAUCA